AAUUAGGUAAAGGUAUCUACGGCCAAUGUAUUGCACUUUCGUGUGUUCAUAUCAACGCCGCUCCUGACUAAUAAAGUUGGAUUUUGAAUAGAAUCUGAAAACAAGAUGGCGGCUUCCGUGCUUGGAAGUGUGUUUCGAGGUGCCCGGCAGUUGUUUACUUGGCCUUCCGCAACUUGUACUAAUCAAGUCCGAAGUUACUAUGUUGACUGGAGGAUGUUUCGGGAUGUUAAAAGGAGGAAAAUGGCUUAUGAAUUUGCUGAUGAGAGGCUGAGAGUCAAUGCUUUGCGGAAAAACAUCAUCCUCCCUAAAGAACUGCGGGAAGUGGCAGAUAAAGAAAUUGCUGCAUUUCCAGUAGAUAGCUGCCCUGUAAGAAUCCGUAACCGUUGUGUUAUGACCUCUCGACCACGGGGUGUAAAAAGACGUUGGCGGCUGAGUCGAAUCGUGUUCCGUCAUCUAGCUGAUAACAACCAAAUGUCUGGCAUUCAAAGAGCCAUGUGGUAGCAAUAGGAUUUAAGGACUUUUAUUGAGGCUACUGGGCUGACAUUUACUGAAGACAUUCAUCAAAAGAGCAUUCUUUACUCCCUAAUCAUAACAAAAAAUGGUUUAUUUAUAUAUAUAUAUAUAUAUAUAUAUAUAUAUAUAUAUAUAUAUAUAAUAAAAGAUCUGUAUCACGACAACAUUUACAUUAAAAACUGAAGUUUAUGCUAUAAUGAUCAAGUGUUUAAUACUUCUCCAGUUUUGCUUUAGGUUUUUGUUUCUAAAAAAAGAGACCUAUUUGUGAGCUAUCCUUACCACAGUAUCCUGCAUAGCUCUAUAUUCACUUGUAUAAAUAUUUAGGGGUAUUUUAA